AUGAACUCUAAACCUAAGAUCUCCCCAAUUAAAUUUAUCAACCAAAACACCGUACAAAAGAUAAAGAAUAACAGCCAAUUAAGCGAGUCUGAUACGAACAAUGUUUUCAAUUACGAAUGGACUGAAGUCGUCUCCCCCAAAUCUCACAAACGAUUAAAUUCUGAUAAACAAAAUCAUUUAUCUAAAACAAUUAAAACCACGACUAACACGCUAUUUUCCUCUCAUAAUAAAUUCAGUGUCCUAUCACAAAAUGAUGACACGGAUAUGGAAACUAAUGAAGAAAACGAAACCAUCUCUAAAUCACCUCCACCAAUAUUUAUUAAAACAAAAGUCCAAAAUUAUCAACAAUUUUGCGAGAAAAUAAAAAAUAUUAUAGAACCCACCGACGAUUUUACUUAA